ACGCUGAACAGAAGUUACUGGCGCGCGAAUCAGAAAGAACUCACAGGUUGACAAAAUUGAAUCAGUGUAUUAAAAAGCAAAAAUAACAACAAAAACGAAAGCGCGGAAAUAAAUAAAAAAAAACAACCUGUGUACGGUGCACCGAUUGUCAACAUAAAAAGGUGAUUGGAACGCGCGUCGAUCGCAUUCAUAUCUCGGAAGUGCAGUGAACAAUACCUAAAAUCUAGCAAUAGAAAAACUGAUAUCCAUCUAUUCAUGUCACAAGUGAACAUAAUAUAAAAAGUCAUAAAUACACAAAUAAAAAAUAUCUAGAUACCAAAGCGUUACAUUAUUAAACACAAUAAUAGUGAAUAAAAAUACCGCCAACUGCAAAAGUGAUUAAAUCUGAAGUACUAUUAGUUGAUAAGAGUUUAUGAAACAGUGAAGUUGUCCAAAGGAAACACCCAACCAGCACAGAGCAACAGCCAGCAUAAAUGGAUAGCAAAUUGGAGAAAAAUGAGGAUGAUACGCAACGUAAAGGUUGGACACCACUGUUGGCACUGGUUUGCUUUGCAACCACUCUUGGUACCGCAAUUCCCGUUGGCUACUGUCUUGGAGUUAUGAAUACACCCGCAGAGUACAUUAAAUCCUGGUGUCUCGAUGCAUUUGCGAUACGUUACAACGAGCAAUUGAGUUCAGCACAAGUCGAUCUGCUUUGGUCGGCGAUUGUGUCCAUAUUUCUCAUUGGCGGCAUUUUCGGGUCAUUCAUAGCUGGAGGUUUUUGUAAUAGAUUUGGAAGAAAGGGAUCGCUGCUGGUCAGUGCAUUCCUGUUGACACUCUCCGGCAUUCUUUUACACUUUUGCCGAAUGACAAAUUCCGUGGAGAUGCUCUUGAUUGGUCGUUUUACCAUCGGUGUUGCUGCCGCAAUCACCUACACCGUUCAUCCGAUUUACCUUCUGGAGAUUUCACCAACUCACCUACGCGGCAGUGCAGCUGUCUUCACAUCGAUCGGCGUGACUGGCGGCAUUUUCGUCGGACAAAUUUUUAGUCUUCAACAAGUUUUCGGCACCGAAGACUUGUGGGAGUUCGCACUCAGUUUCUAUACAGUGUUUGUAGUGGUCAGUUUUCUUCCGGUCUACUGGUAUCCGGAAUCGCCACGUUGGCUGUAUUUGAUGCGUCAAGAUGAGCCAGCGGCACGUAAAGAACUGCAACGUUUGCGCGGAAAGAAUUCCGAUGAGUGUGUGAAUACCGAAAUAGCGGAUAUGAAAGAAUUAGUCGCAUAUGCGAGCAACGAGAAAAUAGGGUUUUUGGCUGUUGUGAAAAAUCCCGAAUACUUGUUGCCGCUAGUAAUCUGCUGCUCAUUUCCACUAUGCCAACAAUUGAGCGGCAUUAAUGCGAUCUUCUUCUACUCCGUGAGAAUCUUCAUGAAGGGAGGCUUUUCGUUAGAGAUUGCAACGUGGAUGAAUUUUGGAGCAGGUUUUUUGAAUUUAGUAUUCGCUAGUGUAAGCCCAAUAAUGGUACAAAAGUUUGGACGUCGUCCACUAAUGAUGUUUUCCGCUAGCGGCUGUGGAAUAUCGCUCUUCGGCAUGGCCUUUGCCUUGAAUUACAUUGACCGCGUAAGUUGGUUGCCUAUUCUUUGCAUUGCCUUCAUUGCAUCGUUCAUAUUCUCCUUCAACGUGGGCCUGGCGCCCGUGCCAUAUUUUGUGGGCGCAGAACUUUUUGAAGUCGAGUCGCGCUCGGUGGCCAUGUCGAUGGGCAAUUUUUUUUCAUGGAGUGGUAACUUCAUGAUUGGAAUGUUCUUUCCCAUGUUAGAGGCUAUUUGGGGUUCUUAUGCCUUCCUACCUUGUGCUGCGAUGUGUCUGUAUUGUUUUCUGCUGACGUGGCGUUACCUACCCGAAACUCGCGGAAAAGAUGUUGCGGACGUUAAACCAUUAAUGGCUAAGGGAUUUCGUUCUAAGGUGCAUUGAGCGAUAUAUAAUUUAAGAGAAGUAAGAAUAUUUAGUAUUUUCCUAUGUAAAAAGGUAUACAAGUGUGUUCCAGCGCUUUAGUAUUGGUAUCCAAAGUACCUGUGUUGUAGAGUUUAAUUUUAAAAUAUUUUUAAUGUAAAUAGGAUGCAUAUGUAUUCUGUGUAUAUAUUCCUAUAUCCACAUAUCUUUAGUUAUUUAUUUAUUCCUUCCAAUUACUCCAAGCUUUAAUGUCGCAUCUGUCUAUGUACCUAUGUAAGCAGUUCUUGUCAAAACAUUGUUACGUUUAAAAAUAAAAAUCUUAAAAAAGUGUGCAAUGAUUGUUGUGACAGACGUUAUUAA